AUGCUAGCAGGUAAAGAGGACUGUUCAUCUUGGACGAAGGUACCUGUGGACCCAUCUGGGCGAUGAGUUGCAGAAUUCGCCUGUCCGGUUCCGUUACCCACAGGCGCCACUACCUUCGGGUCAGAUAUAGUCCUGGGCCGGAGGAAGAAGAUAGGAGAGGGAAAUCUCAUUCUCUACCUCGACAAGAAGCUACAUCUCAAUAUGUUAGCAUAUGACACCCCUGAACAGAAGUGUUUUGUGAACAGGUGGGCACCCCGGCAGUUGCCACGAUAUCCGGAUAGUCACAGCCGACUGGUGCUCACCCCUGGCAACUCACUUGGUUGGCACAACAGUGUUGCUGGGGAGAACAACACCCUUCUCAGAAGGCACCUGGUCCUCCCGCAGUGUAAUGGCACCAUAUCACUCCAAGGUGAACCUCUGGGCACAAGUCGGUUGCGUCAGGAGGGAAAUUGCAGUCCCCUCCCAUGCAACCACCAGAGGGGGGAGGUGCAGCAAUCGUGCGCACAGGGACGAACACGGCCCUCCAUUUUUUAAAGAAUUUUCCAUGUGGUACCAUCUCUAACUCCCAAAGCAGACUGCCUCCUCCAAUCAU